UUGUCUAGUCUUUUUUUAUUUGCGGAGCAAGAAAGGGGAGGCCAAUGGCAACGCGCCCACUGUUGGGAGCCGCUUACUUCACCAAUCAAUAAUUGGCGUUGUGAAUAUUAAGUGCAGCGGUUCUUGGGGGGAGGGGCUCGCUUGCAGGCCGAAGCAACCAGCAACGGUUCUCCGGAGGCCUCUCCCCACCCCCUACCCCCGCUAUCUCAUCCACCUUUUCCAUCUCGGUCUUCCGAUUGAACACCCAGAAUCGAAGGGAAGCAGCUCGCGCUGGAGAGCAAUUCCCCCUCACCCUUCUACGUGAUCUGCACCUUUAAACUUACUCCAUCUCAAACCGGACCCCGGAGGCACCACCCACAUCCGUCUAACAUCACUUCCUCCAGUGUUACGGGGGGAAAAAAAAUCUGGGAAUGCGAGGGGUUGGGCUGAGCCGCACUUGGGGAACGGCGCGGACCUUGUGCUAGGGCUCUGGCCGUCCUCCGCCUGCUCAGCCCAGUGGCCCCCUGCAUCUACCACCAUGGAGCUGCGGUCUCAUCUCGGGGCCACCUGUUUGCUGGGCUUCAGUUUCCUGCUUCUCGUCACCUCUUCUGCUGGACAUAUUGGGCUUGGAAAGGGUUUUGGAGAUCACAUUCAUUGGAGGACACUAGAAGAUGGGAAGAAGGAAGCAGCUGCCAGUGGCUUGCCUCUGAUGGUGAUUAUCCACAAGUCCUGGUGUGGAGCUUGCAAAGCUUUAAAGCCCAAAUUUGCUGAAUCUACAGAAAUUUCAGAACUUUCCCAUAAUUUUGUUAUGGUGAACCUUGAGGAUGAAGAGGAGCCCAAGGAUGAAGAUUUCAGCCCUGAUGGGGGUUAUAUUCCGCGAAUCCUUUUCCUGGAUCCCAGUGGCAAGGUGCAUCCUGAAAUCAUCAAUGAGAAUGGAAACCCCAGCUACAAGUAUUUCUACAUCAGUGCCGAACAAGUUGUUCAGGGGAUGAAGGAAGCUCAGGAGAGGCUGACGGGGGAUGCCUUCAGAGAGAAACAUCUUGAAGAUGAGUUGUAACAUGAAUAUAUCCCUUCUUUCAUCAGAGUUAGUGUUCUGGAAGGAAAGCAGCAGGGGAGGGAAUAUUGAGGAAUCGCUCAGAACAAUUAAACCAACCAGGAAACCUUGCUCCUGCCUACAUGGGGAGGAGCGCUCUCACUGUGGAAGACUUCUGCUGACAGGAGCUGGUCUCCACGUUUGUGGAUCCAGCGGAGCACAGCAAACUUCCUUCUCCUGCCCCCUCCUAGAUGUCUGUUUGUCAUGGAAUGUAAAGAAUGACAGCUUUUGACACAAAACUUGAGCCAUUUGGAGGUGUACUCCUCACACUUCAAUAUUUGAAUCUUUUUCCGUUUCCUCCCGCUUUAUUCACCUUGGUGGUGAAAGGAGACCAGUAGCAUCUUUUCUACAGUAUUAAAAUUGCAGAAAUAGUUUAUCAUUUAAAAAAACAAACUUAAAUGUAAAUCAGAAAUUCUACCCCCGUCGAGGAGACCAGCCUGUUUCUUCUCCUUUUCUCCUGGGAAUAAUCUUGGGCUUCUUCCUGAAUCCCGGCAACUUCCAUCCUCUUCUGCUUGGGCUUCCCUGUUCGCACGCAUGUGUAUGCAGGAGUGGCUGUGUGUUUGGACUCAGCCCCAGCUGGAAGCAUGCUUUUCCCUGUUACUAUUACAGAAACAGAAACCUUCAAGCCCUAGGUGGAGCCAAUUUUGUCAAGUCGUCAACUGUAUUUUUGUACUGAGGUUAACAAAAAAAAUUUACAAAUAUUAAUUGUUCCUUUAAACUUUAAUAAAACUUUGAAAGGAAA